AUGUCUGCCAAGGUUCCUUGUAGAGAGAAAGGCCAUUCGGUCUGCCGCUCCUUCAGUGAGAUCCGGGGAUGCAAUGGGUCCCAGAGUGGCCAGACGGGGGCGGGACUUUCUCCCACCCCAGCGGCUCCGGGCAAUAAGCUAGGCCUGCCCUACACGGAGCAAGCGAGCGUCAGGCCUUCCCGAGGGAUUCCCAGAAGCACGACCCGGUUCUGGUCGCGGUCCACUGAGGAUUGGAGCGGCAGUGACACGGGCGGCCCUGCAGCGGUAGAGCCAAGGUCAGGCCCCAAGGGACAGCGGGGCAGCAGCCUGCAGCAUGGAUGCAGGACACCAGCGUGCAUCCCUGUUCUCUUCCCCAAGAGUCCAGGCUGCCCGGCCUGGUGCUCCAGCUUUGCUUUCGUUUCCCAGGCGAACGACUCUGACCCCCAAAUUCACGUUUUCACCCAAGAAUGCAAUCCAGAAUCCUUGUCCCCCUAUUCGAGUAGGGUGACCAGGAAAAGCGAGGUGGGGGCAGGAAACCCAGACCGAGGGUGCCCCGCGAGUGGGCCGAGUUCCUUUCACUUUCCCCUUUUGCUCGGCAAUUUCGGGUGCAACUACCUGGGCCAAGCCCAGCUUCAGAGACUGGCCCCGUGCUCUGGAGAAAGCAACCGCCACGGGAAAACACUGCAGCCUCAGAACGGAUCUCAGCGUCUCCUUGUCCGCUUCACCCUCAUCCUCUGUGCGGAAAUUCUCGAGAGGGCAGCAACACACACACCACGCACCUUCCUUCUUUCCAAGAGUUGCGCUUUCCCAACCCCGCUCCCCGCUGUUUUUUCUCCCUUCGGCAUACUUCCUUGCCCCCUUUUGCAAAAUUUCAGCCUCGAUAUUAAAUACCUCAAAAGAUAGGAAGACCCGGAAUUCUAUUAAAACAAAAC